AUGGCUGGCGGGGGAGCUAUGAAUAAUUUAUUUCCAGGAUACAAAGAUAAAAUAUGGCUAAAACUUCCAUAUCAUUUUCGAUUAUAUUUGAUUAAAUCAUGGAAUAAAAGCUUCGAGAAAGAUAUGUUUAAGGCCAAAAUAAAAAACAACCGAAUAAAAAUUUUGAAUUAUUAUAUAUUAGACAAAUUUAAACCAAACGACAAUUUUAAAAACACACACACAGAUUACAAAAGACAGAUAUGUAGGGGUACAUUAGAAGAAGGUUGUGAUUUUUAUUUACCAGAUAAAAAGAGUCAAGAUAGAUUAAAAAAUCACUUUGAGCCAUAUACAGAAGAAGAAAAUGAAGAAAGAAAAAAAUAUAAAUAUUUAAAUUUAAAGUAUUAUAUAUUAUUUGCAUUAGGAUUUACAAUAGUACAUAAUACUAUACAAUCAAGACCAGUAGCAUGGUGUAUGGAUUCUGAACCACCACAUACACCUCAUUAUCCAUUUUGGUUUAAAUCCAUGUUUCAUUCACAUGAUAUACCUAGUGUAAGAAGAGGAUAUGAAGUAUAUAGACAGAUAUGUGCUACAUGUCAUUCUAUGGAACAAUUACAAUUUCGUAGUUUAGUAAAUGAAGUAUAUCCUGAAAAUAGAGUUAAACAAAUAGCUGCAUCAUAUGAUAUUUUGGAUGGUCCAGAUGAAACAGGGGAAAUGUUUACAAGACCAGGAAUUUUAACAGACUCAUUUCCAAAGCCAUAUCCAAAUGAAGAAGCAGCAAGAUAUGCAAAUGGUGGUGCAUCUCCACCUGACUUGUCAAGUAUUACAACAGCUAGACAUAAUGGACCAGAUUAUAUUUUCUCAUUAUUAACAUGUUAUCGUGAUCCACCAGAAGGAGUAGAAUUAAGAAAUGGAUUAUAUUAUAAUACAUACUUUGAAGGUGGAUCAAUUUCUAUGCCUCCUCCACUUCAAGAUGAUAUGAUUGAAUAUGAAGAUGGUACUCCUUGUAAUGUUUCGCAAAUGGCCAAAGAUGUUGUAAAUUUCUUAUGUUGGGCUGCUGAACCUUCUCAUGAUGAAAGAAAACUAACUGGUCUUAAAUUAAUUAGUGGCGCAUUUGUAGCUAUGGUUCUAAUGACCGUAUGGCAAAGAUUCUUCUGGACUAUAUAUGCAACCAGAAGAAUUGACUUUGGAAAAAUCAAAUAUUUAUAG